AAGAGAAUGUACUUGUUGAGCGGUUUUCUAAAAGGUACUCCCUCCGUUCCGAAAUAAGUCGUACGUUUCGGAAAAAUUUUUGUUCCGAAAUAAGUCAUACGUUUGGGAAAAAUUGGGAUAAAAGGAAAGUGUGUUGAUAAAUGUUUUGUGUAUCAACAAUUAUCUCUUGUAAAGAACUAUUGCUAAUGUCCAGUACUAAAAUUGGGGUCCAGUCUUGAUGGUAUGUUGAGGAACGAAUGUCUUAAAAAUGUCUUAUUUUUUGCGUUUUAUUUUCAAUCUAAAAUAGGUGCUAAAUGGUUAGAGAUAGGGACUGGGGACUUUCGAGGGACUUCCCCAUAAGCUGACCCUGGAACCGUUAAUAUGUCCUUUAUUUUGCCCCCACCCUUCCCCUUCCCCUCCAAAAUCAUGUUUUUUGGGAUUGCUCGCAAACACGUCGUGCGAUUUCUUUUUUUUCAAUUCUGGAUAUGUUUUAGAGAAACAUAUAAAUGGUCCCAGGGUCAACUUAUGGGGGGUCCGCUGAAGGUUCCAAGUCCCUAUCUCUCACCAUUUUGCAUCCAGAUAUUCGAACACAUAAAAAAAGGAUGUUCUUUUUAUUGCUCAUUCUGCAAAAUUUGAGAUAUAAAAAAUGUCAUAUCGGUUCUGCUUAUGCAUACUAAAAAUUUAGAACAAAUUCUAGCCUGUACUGUUAAUCACAGUCCAUCUUGUACUGAUUAACUAUCUACCGGAGCUCUUUGAAAAAAGCGCGAAAAAUGGACAAUUUCAACAUAUCGAUUCCUCAACUUACCAUCGUGAUAGGAUCCCCAUAUUUUCCCUGAACAUGGAGGAUAGUUCAUACAUAAGAUAUUUACAAAUAACGAAAACAUUCUCUGAAACCAUUCCUUAAUUCCUAAUUUUUUGCCAAACGUACGACUUAUUUCAGAACGGAGGGAGUAUUAUAUAAUUGGCGACGGUUACAUAAGCUCGUGGGCCACUUUCAGAAGCGUAAAUGAAGUUGUAUCCUAUAGCUUAACCCCGCAAUUUUUGAUAAAUGUUUUGCAUAUAUUAUAAAGAUUAUUAUCAAUGGUGUAGGAAGGAUUUGCCGAAGGGGGGGGGGGGGCAAAUUUUUUUUAAAGGGGGGUGGGAGUGUUCAGUAUUCGAUAUUUUCACAGUGCUUUUUCAAAAAAGAAACUAGUGUACUCAUCCUACGUACGAUGAUCAAUGUGCUUGCGGUGUGUAUCAAAAACAUAGAAAGGUAGAAAGAGAUUAAAUAUGAAAGGAUGUAAGGGAUGUAAGACAUAAUAAUUUAAUACGUAUGUCUUACAUCCUUUCAUUGACGAGUAUCCUUUAAUUAAGAUUAUAUGUUCUUUGGAAAACAUUUCCAAAAUUAAGAAGAAAAACAUCUUUUGACUAAAAUGUAUAAGGUGUGGACCGAAUGAAUAUAGCCAUUUCUCUCCUUAUUUGUUUAGUUUUUUUUGGAUCGAUUGAAAAGAAGUGAAGGUAAAUUGAUCUAAUACAACAUAUAAACAGUUAGUACAGAUCAGAAAAAAACAGUCAAGCCUGUUGUAAAAACUGCUCUGCACGAAGGUGAAGAAGAUUGUUUAAAAGACAAGGUGUGAAUAUUUUAUUAGAUUUGAUGCACCUAAUUAAGAAAAAGUUGGUUUUUGGCCAAUGGGAAAAGCAUAAUGUUGCAAGCAUCAACGCUAAAUUUCCGAUUACCAUUUAUUCCAAUUUCUAACGAAUAGUUAGGGGUAAAAAACGUAAAACUUUUUAAAAGCUGUGAAAAAGCUCAUUUCGAAUUAUUUUUAAGAAAAAAGUCUCUUAAAAGAUGCUGAUAUAAUAGACUUAUAUAACUAUGAACUUGGAGGAUAAUUGUUAACCUUUUAAGGACGAGAGAGGGUUAAAAAUUGGGGCUCAGAAAAUAAUAAAAAAAUAUAAUAAAAAAAAAAAAUUAAAAAAAAAAUAAAAAAUAAAAUUAAAACUUCGACUGACUGAAUUGCCCUACCCUUCCCCUAUUGAAACUUAUUAUCAAAUAAAUACACAUAUGCUCAAAAUAUUAGAAUGACGAAAAUAUGUAAUUUAGCUGGUAUAUAUACACAGCCAUUUCAGUUUACAGAAUUUAUCAAUGUAUCAAUGUACUGUCUGUACAGAAAUGAUCAAUGUGUGAAAAUGAAAUAAUGAUUACACGUUUGUCUGUGUGAUUUUUCAUAUUCAACGUGCUAAUGUCAUGUGUCAUUCAGUAACUUGCAUAACCUCGAAAUUUCGUGCUCUUCACAAAAGACGUGAAUUUUCUCUCAGCUAAGAAAAAUUGAUUUAACGGAAGUAUAGAUUGAUUAUAAGAAUAUUGUGCAUAUUUAUCACAGAUAGUUGUGUUAAAUGUAAUUGUCGUGUAGUUGUAGUAUGUCUCAGUAUUCAUCAUUUAUUGCUCAUGAUGAUUUUGAGGUCAAUCAUGAGAAUUGGUUCGUUCAGCAUGACUCCCCUGUGCCGAAUGAUUCUCAAAAAAAGACACAGCGGUGUUUUUGGUCUGGGAAAUAAGACAUACGAACAUUACAAUAAAGUGGCAAUUUAUGUGGACAAGCGACUAGAAGAACUUGGAGCCACACGAGUUUUUGAGAUUGGACUUGGAGAUGACGAUGCUAACAUUGAAGAUGAUUUUAUCACAUGGAAAGAUCGCUUCUGGCCGAUGGUCUGUGAUUACUUUGGUAUUGAGAGUACUGGUGAGGACAUCCUGAUGCGUCAGUAUCGUCUCUUGGAGCAACCUGAUGUUACACCUGAUCGUAUAUAUACCGGAGAAGUUGCUCGUUUACAUUCGCUACAGAAUCAAAGGGCACCAUUUGAUGCCAAGAAUCCCUAUUUGGCACCAAUAAAGGUCAACAGGGAGCUACACAAAGGUGGUAGUCGAUCUUGUAUGCACGUUGAGUUUGAUAUUGAGGGCUCCAAGAUGCGUUAUGAAGCUGGUGAUCAUUUAGCAAUGUAUGCUGUAAAUGACACUGAUCUUGUGCAGCGACUUGGUGAGCUCUGUAAAGCUGAUCUGGAUCAGGUGUUUUCCCUUAUUAAUACGGACACCGAAAGCAGCAAGAAACAUCCUUUCCCAUGUCCAACUACAUAUCGCACAGCUUUGACGCACUAUUUGGAAAUUACGGCAAUACCACGAACACACAUUUUGAAGGAAUUAGCUGAAUACUGCUCAGAUGAGAAAGACAAGGAAUUUUUGCGUUUUUUGGCCUCAACAACAGCUGAUGGUAAAGCCAAGUAUCAGUCAUGGGUUCAAGAUGCCACUAGAAAUAUUGUACAUAUUCUCGAGGAUGUGCCAUCCUGUCGACCACCAAUUGAUCAUGUUUGUGAAAUUCUACCUCGUUUGCAACCACGUUACUAUUCUAUAUCAUCAUCAUCGAAGCUGCAUCCACAAACUGUGCAUAUAACAGCUGUUCUAGUCAAAUAUGAAACAGUGACUGGUCGCGUCAAUAAAGGUGUUGCAACGAACUUUUUGGCUGCGCAACACCCAGAGGGCGAUCCUUUACCGCGAGUACCAAUAUUUAUUCGAAAGAGUCAAUUCAGAUUGCCAACUAAGCCAGACAUCCCGAUAAUAAUGAUUGGUCCUGGAACGGGAUUGGCACCAUUUCGAGGUUUCAUACAGGAAAGGGACAAUUGUCGGCGAGAAGGGCAAAAUGUAGGAGAUACUAUUUUAUACUUUGGAUGUCGCAAGAAGUCUGAAGAUUUUCUCUACCAAGAGGAACUAGAGGAAUAUGUGAAGCAAGGAUCUUUGCAGCUACGUUUGGCCUUUUCUAGAGAACAGGAAAACAAAGUUUAUGUCACGCAUUUACUACAGGAGGAUUCUGACAAAGUUUGGGAUGUUAUUGGAGAGAAGAAGGGACACGUAUACAUCUGCGGUGAUGCGAAGAAUAUGGCUAGUGACGUACGUAAUAUACUUCUGAAUGUCAUACAAACCAAAGGUGGUCUCACUGAAAGCGAAGCGCAGCAAUAUUUAAAGAAAAUGGAAGCUCAGAAGAGAUAUUCUGCAGAUGUUUGGAGCUAAUUACGAAAAAAAUGUUUAUAUUGUAACAUAAUAUAAUUUAAUUUUAGUUCCAUUCCAUUCCUUUUAAAAUAUUGUAAAAAAAAUAAAGUGCGUUUCAUUUAAGUGCAGAGUGCGUUUUGGAGAGGUAAUAUUGUUAUUAUUAUGGUACAAUAAUUUCACAAAUUUUGUACUAUUCAAUCACAAUUGUAGAGAUUUUUUUAAGUAGAAUUUGUAUAAACAGAUAAUUAACGAGGAAGAAAAUUAUUACAUUUACAUUUUUUCUUAGUUCACAAAAAGUGGUCACACAAUUUUUUAAAAGGGAUUAAUAGAAAAAUAUAAAACUUGUCUUAUGUUUAAAUCUAUUCUUUAUGCCUUUGUGAUAGAUUUUAAAUUAGAAGUAACGGAAGAGAUAAGGAACAAUAUUGACAAAAAUGGGUAAUUGUUAUGUGCAUAAUAAAUUUAUUAUGGCGUGAAAAAUUUUGUUGAUUAGGAAAUAUAUUAAAAAAAUUGUUGAUUAAGAUAUAAAAAAAUGUUAAUUUACUAUUAGUAAAUUAUGGUGUUUGAUAGCCGGAAAUUUAUUAGAUAUUUUUGUAAAGAUUUAAUAUACAAUUACAUUACUUUGAAUAUUAA